UUUAGCCCCCCGCCCCACCCCACUCUUCCACGAAACCAUCCGUUACAAAAACCGAGAACCCGUACCGAAGCCAAGCCCGCGAGCAGAAAAGAGAGAGCGCCAGAGCAGGCGAGAGAGAGAGGAGAAGUGAGAAAGCGAGGGAGAGAAGAUGUCGUGGCAAACGUACGUCGAGGAGCACCUAAUGUGCGAGAUCGACGGCCAGCACCUUACCGCCGCUGCAAUCGUCGGGCACGAUGGCAGCGUCUGGGCUCAGAGCUCAUCGUUCCCUCAGUUCAAGCCUGAGGAGAUCACUAAUAUAAUGAAUGAUUUUGCUGAACCGGGAUCCCUUGCUCCCACUGGCUUAUAUCUUGGGUCAACAAAAUAUAUGGUAAUCCAAGGUGAACCUGGAGCUGUUAUCCGUGGAAAGAAGGGGUCAGGGGGCAUUACCAUAAAGAAGACCAACCAAGCACUUAUCUUUGGCAUCUACGACGAGCCCAUGACUCCAGGCCAGUGCAACAUGGUUGUGGAGAGAUUGGGUGACUACCUCAUUGAUCAGGGCCUAUAGUUUGAGUCAUUGUGUGCCUGCCUUCAAACUAUCUUACGGGAUUGUUGGUUUCCUCGGUUUUGAGCAUGACCGGAAUCCUGGGUUUUUUCAGCAUUUGUCUUGGGUAAUAAUCUUGUGAACAUUCUGGAUUGUUGGUGUAUUUGAGUUGUUUGUUUUGAUCCCC